CCGCCCGGACUCAGCGCCAGGGGGCGCCGCGGGGCCGCGGUCGCUGGCGGCGGCCAUGGGCGCGGAGCGGGAGGCGCGGGCCUGCGCCGCCUUCUACGAGGAUUUGGGCGUCGCGGAUGCGGUGCGCGGCUGCCUGCGCUGCCUGCGGCACUUCGCGGGGAGUACUGCCAAAAGAUGCAAAGACAAGCACCUGGAGGAGGCUCUCUUGCUGUCCCACGCGCUGAGCGGGGUUCUGCAGUCGCUGAGUGAGGCAGAGGCACAGCCCCUGCUCCGCUGCGUCCUGGCUUUCCAAAUGGAGGCAACCGGCAGCUCCAGCUCCUUCCAGAAACUGGAACAGAUCGUGGCCCUGCUGGCGGUGGGGAAGGAAGCCCUGCUGGCCCGGGAGGUGGGCAUGCUGCUGGCCGGGCUGGCACCAGAGGGAGAGGUGCUGUCUCCUAGGGAUCUUCAGUCAGUGUGCAUGUUCCUGGAGGAGAGCAGCCUGGGCCGACAGCACUGGCGGCAGAACCUGUUCCCACUGCUGCAGCGCCUGGCCACCACCUUGCACUGGGUGCUGCAGAGCCAGCCUGCGCCCAGCAGCAGGUGGAGCUACCUGGCUGUCAAGGCCUGCCUCCAGCUCUUCCAGACGCUGCCGGGAGAUGUGGCCCCCAUGGUGUGGAGCACAGUUGGGAAGAGCGAUGCCCUGCAGAACCUGCUGGAGCUGCUGCUGGAGGUGGCCUGGGGGAAGGCCCCGAACAAGGACACGAGGUUGCUGGCGGGGACAGCCCUGAGCAUGCUGGUGAAUACAGCCCCACAGCCCAAGCUUGGGGCCAGUGCCAUGCUGGCCCUUUUCAAGCUCCCUGAUCCAGGUGCUGGGAAGCUGAAGUUUGGAGAGCUGGUGGUGGAGGCCCCCACCAGCCUGGAGCCAGAUGGGCUGGAGAAGCUGGUGCUCACCCGAGGUUUGCUGACGUGCUGCAAGAUGGACAUCCUCAGCUGCCAGCUGAAGAGCUUCACCCACCAGGCCUGCCUGCUGCUGGACAUCGUCUUUCCUACUGUGUGUGCCCUGACCAAGGAGCAGAAGGACUGCCACUACUACUGCUUCCAGGCCUGUGCCCUGUGGCUGCAGCGCUUGCAGGAGAGCCUGCCUGCCAUCUGGCGCCUGACGAGGACCCGCAUCCUGGCCCAGGACACCAAGCUGCUCCGGCAGCUCAACCAGCUGCUGUGGGACAAUGCUGAGACCCCGGUGGAAGGAGUGUCCGAGUUCAUCCACAGCUCCUUCCAACUGCUCCUGAAGAUCUACCAACUUGAGUGCCAGCAUUUCCAAGACGAGGAGAGACCUCUCUACCAAGAGAUGCUGCAGAGGGUGAUCUCAAUGCCGUGGCAAAUCAAAGGCAGAUACAUUCCCCUGUGUGCCAUUGUCCCCUACGUGGGCAGCCAGCAGGUGCUGGAUGCCUACCCGGACCUGCCACAGCACCUCCUGAGCUGCCUUUCCACCAACCACCUGUGUCCUGCAGCCGCUGAAGUCUACAAGGCCCUGGUGCGGCAGCAGUGCACCGAGUGGCAGGAUGGGCAGCCAGGCCCAGGCACGGAGGCAGCUCUGGCAGAGUGGUGGGCUCUGCGCUGGCUGCCCCUGCUCUCCCAAGCUCUCCACUCCCCACUUCCUAUCCUGCAGAGCAAUGCCUCCAACCACCUCCUCAUCUGGACCUUGCGGCAGCUCCCAGCUGCCGAGGCACUUCUGGCUGCCCAGUUCAACGGCAGGGACACGGCAUCACUGCGGGCUUGGGUCUCGCUGCUGAAGGCACAGCAGAGUGUGGCCGGGACCCUGUCGCUGCAGGGCAAGGCACUGGAGCGGCUCUCCUGCUGCCUGGGUGCCCGUGAGGAGGGCAUUCGGCUGGCGGCACUGGGUCUCCUCUGCUGCAACCCCAGCACCAACCAGCCCCUCUCAAGUACCGAGUUGUGGCUGCUGAAGGAGUUCCUGCCUCUCAACCUCAACUGCGACUCCUCCUCGUUCCGGCAGCUGCUGCAGGCAGCAGUGAAGAAGGCACUGGUCCGGCUGCGGGACAGCUCACUGGCCCAGCUGCGAAGGAAGGUGCCCCAAGGUGCCGAGGCGAGCAAGGGAGAGGAGCAGCUCACCCAGGCAGUAGGCUUUGUAGAGUGGCUGCUGCAGCUCAGCAUCACCUCGCUUAGCCCAGGUUCCAACUACCAGAGGAAGAAGACGGCUCUACUCCUCGUGGCCGCAGUUUUGGAGACCUGCACAGACACCUGGAGCCCUGAGAGGAGGAAGGGGCAGCCUCCACGGAACAUGGCAAUGCUGCUGAGCUACGCCAGGCAGAGAGGCUGCUGGGACUUCUUCUCCCAGCCCAAUUUGUUGGCACUGCUGAGCUGCUUGCAGGACAGCACUAAUGAGAUCAGAGACUUGGCCUCAGAGCUGCUCGUCCGCUACUUUCCCCCCACGUUUCCUGAGCCCAUCGCCCUGGCUCUCUUCCAGCUGGCCCAGGAGGCCCUGGGCAGCCCACGCGUGCAAGAGGCUGAAGCUGGAGCCGUGCUGAUGAAGACUAUCCUGCAGAAGACAGACAGCAGUACCAUGAAAAGCCUGGCCCUGGAGGCUGAAGCAGCCCCGAUGCUGUCCAACCGAAGCCUGUGCUUUGCUCAGCACCUUCUCCAGGUGCUGCAAGCCCAAUAUGCUGCAGCAUGCCAGGAUCUACUGCAAGCAGCAGCCACUGCGCCCAUGCAUGGAGCCAUCGCAGCUCUGCGGAGGUGCCUGCUCCAGGUGCCAGAGGUGGCCAUCUCCAUGCAGGCAGCAGAGUUAGCGCAGAGCUGGCAGGAGCUCCUCACCCACCUCGUGACCACGGCAAGAGACAUCACCUCCUUCCUCCUGGGUGCUCUGCAGAGCCAGCAAGGCCCUGGUGCCGAUGAGCAAGCUGCUGCCCCAUCGUUUGCAGACAUGGGGAAUGCCAUUGGCUCCCUCAUCAUGCUGGGGAAAUGCCAGGGGCAGGAGGAAGAAGAGGAGGAGUCAGUCCUCCUGUCAGAGGAGCACAGCCUGAUCCUUACCUGCUGCUGGGUAUCAGUGAAGGAGAUAGGGCUGCUCCUGGGAGGCCUGGCCGAGCUGCUGCUGGCCCCAACGCUGCCUGCCGGAUCGAGGUCCCUCCUGCCACUCCCUACGCUGCAGACAGCUGCGAGGGUGUUCCAGGAAAUCCUGCUGCGCUGUCGGCACUGGGGAGCGGUGGAGGGCUGCAGUAUGGGUUUUACCAAGUUCUGCACUGCUUUGUUGAACCACCCUGACGUGGAGCUGCAGGCAAUCCCACAGACCAUGCUGGAGCAGGGCUUAGAAGCACUGAGCGGACCCCGGAGCAGCUCCAUCACGCGCCGUGCUGCCGGCUUCCCCAUGCUUUUCCUUUGCAUUGUCAGUGGGGAGGCCCCAGUGCAAGCACGGCCACUGCUGACCCGCUGCGUCCAGACGCUGCUGGCCUUGGCCACCACAGCCUUGCCACAGGACUGGGAUCAGACCCUUGACCUCCCACAGGUAUGCGCCAUCCACGUGCUGCAGACGCUGGUCCGUGGCGCGGGGCUGGGCGCUACGCUGCUGCGCCACACCACCCCCAUGGUGGCCCUGGCGCUGCGGGGCCUGAGCUCACCGUGCUGGGCCAUGAGGAACGCGGCCAUCCAGCUCUUCAGUGCCCUCACGUCCCGGCUGCUAGGCCAGCAGCGGAGCCGUGGGCAAGGCUGCCCGGUGGAGACGCUAAGCCUGCAAGCCUUCCUCGGCCAGAACCCCGAGCUGGGCACCGUGCUGCUGGAUGAGCUGGGGGCCGCAGCAGGGCCCGUGCCGGGGCGAUCCUGCCUGCGCCCUGCGCUCCAUGCUGUUCUCACCCUCCUGGCCCAGAUGCAGCCCAGUACCGACAGUCCCAGCAGCCCCUCUGCUCGCUUCCUGGGGCCGCUGCUGGGGCUGGCAGGGAGUCCCAUCUACGCUGUGCGAGCAAUGGCUGCCAAGGCACUGGUGCCGGUUGUCCCACCGCCCCAGCGCCAGGAGCUUCUCCUGCAGCUGGCCCAGCAACUCCCCGACACGCCUGGACAGGUCCACUCGCACAACGCCAUCCAUGGGCGCCUGCUGCAGAUGCGGGUACUGCUGUCCCCCGCCCCAAGCACCACUGGGCUGUCGACUGAGGCACUGCGCCCUGUGGCCCUGCAGCUGGAGGCACGGGGCUGGCUGCUCACCCCUGCCCAGCGCUGCCCGCUCGUCCGUGCUGCCUUCCUCCAGGUUCUCACCCUCCUGCCCGCAUCCCUCAGCCCCAGCUUUACCCAGAGCAUCCGUAACACCAUCAGCAAUGACCUGGGCAGCCUCUCACCAGGGAAGAAGCCAGGAUGUGCUGAGCUGCAGGUGGGCUUGGCCGUUCUUCACCAAACCAUGGCCCACUUUGUGUGCAGCGAGGCAGCCCGGCUGGCAGAUUGUGAGCAGAUCAGCGCUGCGUGCUGGCUUCUCCAGCAGCCAAAUCCUGAUGUUCAGCUUGCCGUCCUGAGCUGGGUGAUCACUAGGGAGGGAGAAACAUGCAAGGAGCUGGAGAAGGCUCUCGGGCUGACACUGCUGAGGAGCUUGCAGUCGGUGCUGCGAGAAAGAAAAGACAAAGAGUUCCUGAGAUUGUACCUUGAGGCUUUGCUGCAUCUUUACAGAGACCCCACGCUGUGGUCCCAGGAAGCUUCUCAUAAGCUUCAGGGCUCCUCGGCAGUAUGCCUGGAGAUGCUGCUGCAUGUGGUGGAGGCUGAGCAUGCUGGCCCUGACCUCCUCUUCCAGGCACUGUGUGCUGCCAGCCUGCUGCUUGCCCACUGGUUUGGGGAUGAGGAUGGCACCCUGGUCGAGCGAUGGUGCACAGCGCUGGAGGAGUGCAGCCGGUCUGCUUCAUCUGAGGUGCUGCGGCUGGCAGCUGCCUGCUCCCUGCAGAGAGCAGGUGCCAACGUGGUGCGGCGAUCCCUGCAUGCUGCCUGUCCCUCACUUGUCCAUGUGGCUCUGCGCCUGAUAAAUGUGGGCAUUCACCUUCUGCAAGACGAGGAGCGAGAUGUCCGGCAUGAGGCCUCAGGUUUUGCCAGCCUCCUGCAGCAGGACCCUGGGGAGCCACUCCAAAACGGCUGCGUCUUUGUGCAGGACAACGUGGGGCUCCUGGGCCUCCUGCAGCUCCUGGGAGAAUUCAGGGAGCAUCCUGAAACCUUUGACUUGCUGCUGCAGCACCUGCCCGUCCUUGAUCUCAGGGGCAUCAUGGAGGAGCUGGAAGCCAACAAACCAGCCAGCCUGUACAAGGAGGACGAACACAAUGUUUUUGCGGAGCCGGCUGUCCUAGCACAGCAGCUGCUCCCUGUCCUGCUGCAGCUCGUGGAGAAGGCUUCCACCGGCAGCCUGCUCCGUGCCUCCAUUCUGCGCUGGCUGGUGGCUGCUGGCCCCGGCAUCCUGUGUGACCUGCAGUACUGCAAGCUCUGCUGGAGCCAAGAGGCCACUGCCCACUGGGGGAUGAAGGUGCUGGGUUGUGCCAAGCUGCAUGCGGCCGUGGCUGUGCUGCUGGUGAGGGCCCAGCUGGCAGCACGGGCACUGCAGGUGCUGGGGGAAGGUGCCACCGCCGUGCCAGGGCUGGGCUGCGGCACCCAGGAGCUGGAGCAAGAGCUCACAUUGGUGCAGGGGCUGUUGGCGCAGCACGGGCUGGGCCCUGUGCCAAGCCAGGUCAAGGUGCUGAGGGAGCCAGCAUCACCGUCCGGAGCUGCUUGACUGCUCUGGAUAUGGACCAGCACCACGACAAACCCCGCAGCUGAGGCCUCUGGCUCGUGCCACCAGCGGGGACUGCAGGUCCAGUGGUGUAACUCAGGGAACCCCUCUCACCGUGCAGAAUGCACUGGCUUUGUUCCCAACAUUUUUUUAGUCUCGAUCCCAAGGAUACCAGUGCAUUAUGGCCUCAGCCUGUGCAUGCGUUGCUGCCCACGGCAGUGCUGCCCUCAGCUCAGGUUGGAAGGAGCAGCCACGCUGGAGCCUUCGUAACUCCCUGGGCUGCUCCACAUUUUUACUUUUUUUUUUAAACCAAUGGUUUAGCUCUUCUUUCGUGGUCGACCUGGGCUUUUAUCCCAAAUAAAGAGUACAAAAGCAGCCCCAGUAUUGAAGCCUUUUAAUUACCCAGCGCUGCCCCGCUCCCUCCAGUGGGGGCUGCUAAGCCCUGGGCUGGGGACCCUGACACCCACUGGCAUCAUCGCACGCCUCCAGACUUUGGGUGCAGAGCCCUGCAGCUGGACUCUGAGAUGCACUGGCAUCAUCAAUCGUGCAGACUUUGAGUGCCUACAUUUAAUUUCUUUCUGCAAACCACAGCACGCAGACGAGCUGCCCUUCACGUCUCACCCAACAGUUCACUGCAGUCGGGCCAGCCCAAAACCACAGAAGAUGGAUGGUAUCCCCUCUUAUCUCUAUCCUCGUGUUGGAUGCCAAUGGCAGCUCGUCGCACAGCAUGAUGUCACGGCUGAACAUGACGUUGUCUUAUCUGUCCAUGUCACUGCCACAUCUUCUCACCCAGAUUGAACUCAGUGAUAUUCUUCUGCCAUUAAUUGCCAUACUUCAUCAAUCCCCUUACUUUAAAUCUUCAUAAACAGGUUUUCUUCCCAUUCUUCAACAAAACACUUAAUGGAAAAUGUGGGCAGUCAGCUCCAACGGUGAGCAGGGAGCCUGCGGAGAGGUGACAUUAGGAAAGAUACCGUGUUUUUAUUUCAUUCCCUGCCUUCCUAACAAGGAGCAGUGGCUUGGGGAGGCUCAGCUCACCUUCCUGGGGGGAUGCUACACGAAGAUGAGAGCCGGCGGAGGGCAGACACAAUCCUCCUGCAGCCCCUCCUGCACCCACGAGCCUUGGCACCCCACGACAGAGGCAGCCACCCAAAAUGUCCUGGAAGGGAAAGCUGGCGAGAGCUGGGGCACACCCUGGAUAAUUAACUAUCAUUUUUAAUAACUAUAUGUUGUUAUUUAUAAUGCAUAUAUAAUUGUACAUGUUGGCAGCUGGAUAAUAUGAUCAUUGUAGGUCCCUUCCAACUGAAAUAUUACAUUUUAUUUAAAUAUACCUAUUUUUAUAUUA